AUGGAUGCAAUGGUCUCGGACUCUGUUACUGCGUCACCAGGUGAGAAGCAGCGUUCUAUCAAAAACCCCUCGAGAGGGUCAAGUCCGGAGACAACACCGCAAGGUCACGAUGCAUGCUUUAUUACAAACCUAUCAACCGAGCUCGUCUGCCUUAUCAUCGACUUUGUUCCUCCUGAAUCACAUCUCGACUUUGCAUGCACAUGCAAGAGAAUUGCGGACUGCUCCAGCAAAGUCCUGAAGCGUCACCAGGAAGCUUACAGCAAAUACCGGGUCGCAUCAGACAUUUCGCCAAUUACCAUCCCAACAUUACUACGCAGCGCAUUUGGACGCGCUGACCCACUCCUUGCCUGGCAUGUUCGAUCGAUCGAGAUCUGGUAUGAUCGUACAAGCUGGCUAGACUGGAAACCGCUCAACUUCGACCAGUGUUUGCACGAAGAAGAUAUGGACGUUGACAGCACGUUGUGGAAGUGGCAGGAUGAUGAGCUGCUGGAGUAUCUCGAAGCCAUUGAAGGCCAGUUCGAUGCGAUGCUCGAAAGUGGCGAUGAGGACAUACGUCUGGAGGCCCGCGAGCAGUUUGAAGACGGUCUUGACGGCAUACUGAAGAUGCUUCUCAUCGCAUAUUGCCCAAGAUUACAGGACGUCAAGUUUAUCACACACGAACAUCGGGAAAAGUCGACGCUGGGCUGGCUCAAGAGGGUGAUUCAAGGCAGCAUCUUGUACGGCAGCCACUGGCCUCCUGGUCUUUGCAGUAUUCAGGAGGUCGCCGUUGGCGUCGAAUCAGAGACAUGGAUGACGACACGGCACACACAGAACGAGGACGGUCAUCUGGAUGGGUCGAACAAGACCAUGGAAAUCUUCUCUACUUUACUUCGCCUACCUCGCCUUAACUCAAUAUACUACAACGACCUCAGGCGUUCGGGCUGGGACGACUCAACAGAUUAUGAGUCUCGCACGCUGAUGCCCUUGCAUUCCUCCACAGUCAAGCACAUCUUCCUCGACGACUGCAGCGACAUGCCGCAUUCUUUCCGCUUCGCGCUCCCCCGAGCACCGUCCGCACUUGAGACCUUCACACUCCGUGCCGGGGACAGCGGCGACCGGAUGGAUGACGCCGACGCCCUGGUCCAGGGUCUCUGCUCCGAGCAAUCUGCAUCUCUACACACCCUAAUGUUCUACGGCCCGUACAGCUAUGCCCAGAUCCACGGGUACAGAUGCUCUGUCUACCGCAACGAGGAGCUCGAAAAAGCAGACAAUCUCAAGACCGUGGCUAUGGACAUCUCUGAUGUAGAGUUGGAUUGCUUGUAUUCCACGAGCGGAGAUGUUUACAAGAUGACCUAUAAAGAACAGCGCAAAUACUUCGUCAAGUGGUUCACGGAGACGGCGUUUCCGGGGUCUAUUGAGAGACUGGUAUUCUGGGGAAAGGCUGAGGAGUACUUCCCCACACAGUGUAAGGGCAGUUUUCUCGACUGGUUGGAAGAUGCACUCAUCGCUGUCAUACAGAGUCAUCGCCGGAUGGAAGGGUGGGAUGAAGAUGACGAAGAGUACGAUAAGCUUUCUGAUGCUUAUGAGUCCUUUUACGGUAACCUCAAAGCCGUCUAUCUCGAGGAUGUUGAGACAGAGUACAAGAAUACGAGGCAUAAGAAUGGCGAACCAAGAGCCGACAAGAUCUACUUCCAGCGACUCGUUGAGGUUGGCAGGGAAGCUGGGAUUGAUAUACAUACCCUCACCAAUCGCGUGCCGGCCAAACAUACGCAUAGCUUCCCGACUGCGCCGGACAAGUACAAUUUGAGAUCUGGGUCGUGGUGGGAGCGGAAAGGUGAGAUUGAGGAUUGGGUAUUCAAUGUGUAUAAGGGGAGGAGGGUGCCACCGGGUUGUAGGAAGUGUGGGAAGUGUGAGACGUGUUUGGGGCAGUAUAGUGAGGAGUUAUGGAGGUCUUUAGAUAGAUGA